UUAUUGACACACAAUUUGACCAAUCACAGCGAAGCACCGGCACCGUUCAGCCAAUCACAAUAAACGACGCUGAAUUCGACCGUCCUGCAGCUGAGCGAUAAUUCAGAGACAAAUCAGCAGUCAGUCCUCCUCAUCAUGGCCUCUGGAGCUUUAUUCCCCAGCAUGGUGUCUGGAUCCCGCGGCUCCUCCAGCAAGUACCUGGUGGAGUUUCGAGCUGGUAAGAUGACCAUGAAGGGCAGCACGGUGACGCCCGACAAGCGUAAAGGUCAAGUCUACAUCCAGCAGACCGACGACUCCCUCAUCCACUUCUGCUGGAAGGAUCGGACUACCGGGAACGUGGACGAUGACCUGAUCAUCUUCCCUGAUGACUGUGAGUUCAAACGGGUGAACCAGUGCACCACCGGGAGAGUGUAUGUGCUGAAGUUCAAGGCCGGGUCCAAGAGGCUCUUCUUCUGGAUGCAGGAGCCAAAGACCGACAAGGAUGAGGAGUACUGCCGUAAAGUGAACGAGUAUCUGAACAACCCGCCGAUGCCUGGAGCUCUCGGCAGCGGCGGCAGCGGAGGACACGAUCUGUCCGCUCUGGGAGGUGAAGGUGGUCUGCAGAGUCUUCUGGGUAACAUGAGCCACAACCAGCUCAUGCAGCUCAUUGGACCAACCGGCCUGGGGGGGAUUGGCGGUCUCGGGGCUCUAGCUGGUCCAGGCUUGGCCAACCUUCUGGGCAGCAGCAGCAGCAGCAGCAGCAGCAGCAGCAGCGUUCCUGCAGCCAGCAACUCCUCCACAAGUCCGUCCACAGCCGUCACCCCGACCUCCACCUCUGCUGCCAGCCGGCUCGGCUCCUCCCAGGUGCCCACCACCCCCAUCACUCCCUCCGCCACCUCGGCCGCCUCCCCCACGGCCACCACCCCCUCCACCCCCGCCGUGUCCUCUCUGGCAGCGGGAGCAGCAAACCCCACGCAGCCCAUCCAGCUGAGGGACCUGCAGAGCAUCCUGGCCACCAUGAACGUCCCCGCCAGCAGCCAGGGAGUGGACCUGGCCAGCGUCCUGACACCUGAGAUCAUGGCUCCCAUCCUGGCCAACCCUGAGGUGCAGCAGAGGUUGAUGCCGUAUCUGCCGUCCGGAGAAUCCCUGCCUCAGAGCUCCGAGGAGCUUCACAACACGCUCAGCUCACCUCAGUUUCAGCAGGCUAUGAGCAUGUUCAGCAGCGCUCUGGCGUCGGGGCAGUUAGGUCCUCUAAUGAACCAGUUCGGUUUGCCCGCGGAGGCCGUCGAUGCAGCGAACAAAGGAGAUGUGGAAGCUUUUGCAAAAGCCAUGGAGACGGAGACAAAGUCAGACCAGGACGGCGACUCCAAAGACAAGAAGGACGACGAUGAAGAUAUGAGUUUGGAUUAAGUGCUCUUCAAAGAAAACUGCCAUUAUUAUUAUUUAACGUAUUUAUGAGCUGCUUCUGCUGUUUUGUUACUAUCACACAUUAAGGAUAAAGAUUAUGGUUAAUAGGCUAUGAGGUGCGAUCAAAAAGUUCUGAAACUGUUCACCUGACGGUCAGGGGCGGAUCCAGAUUAAUUUUUGUGUGGGGGCACAGGGGGGGUACAACAGAUAUUUUGGGGGGGCCACCAAAAAGUUGUAAGAAAAAAUGAAAGCUGCUACCGACCUCUUGCUUUUACAAAGUAUUUUUUAUGUUUGAUUUUUUUUGGCUCUUUAACCCAGUAGGAAAGCGGUACAUGACCUUUUCAUUUUGAAUUGUUAACAUUCAAAUUAUGAUGGACUUGUUUCCUUGUUUAUGUGAAUUACAACAUCAUUAGCUGCAGCAUCUGCCUGUUAUGUAAAACUAGUAAGCUCAAUGACAGUAUCCUGAGGGCAAUUAAGUGACAAAUAUUGUGCAAGAACAGCAGUAUAUAUAACCCUGUCAAUUUCCACUUUUUAGAAUGUUUACUGACAAUUAUCACACCUAAAAUAAGAAAUAAUAUUCUGUACUUUUAGCAACUAGUUCUCAGUUGUAAACCAUAAACAUCAUAGGGUUCUGUUUACUAAUCAGUCUAAAUCAAAAUGAGUACUACCCAAUACACAGAGAACAACAACAAUCUGUACCCUUGAUCUGUGGUAAAAUAAUCUGAAAUGUUCUGUGCAGUAAUGUAAAUUUUAAAAUGCAAUAAAAUACAGUAAGCAGCACUCUGUACAUUUAAUAGUAAAACUGAGAACAAUAAUAAACAGCAACAAUACUCUAUAUUCUUAAAUCAUUUAUUAAUGCACAGCUCAGCAAUCAUCAUAGUGUUCUGCAUAGAAAUCACAAAAAGCUGCUCUCAAUAAUCUUUCACAGUGAGCAGAUGUUCUUAUGUUGCAGGUCCAUGGUCCAGACGUGACCAUCGAACAGGCCGGGGGAGUCUGGCACCGUGGACUUCCCAGAGCACCUCCUCUUUUUGCAUUCUUCAUAUGGGAGGGAAAUAAAGUACCGUUUCGCAUGUCGAUCAAAGGCCUGUAGGCGUACAGCAGGAAGCCCUCCACAAUGAGGAUGUGAGUCUCCUCCUCCUCCUUGUGGUCGGACUUCAGGACGAUCUCUGUGUCCAGGGUGUUAUUAACGCCAUCAGACUUCUCAAACUUCACCGGGUUUUCCAGCCAUGCGUAGAUCAUACUCAUCAUGGCGUCCAUGUCCAGAGCAGUGAUGACAUCAUACUGCUUAAAGCCAUCUUCACCAACUUCAAUCUGAUCUUGGGGCUUGAAGAAGUCAUCCUGAUGGACCAGCAGCAGUUGGGCAGGUUCUCGAUCAGGCGGUUGGUGAGGCUGGUUUUCCCUCCAUUGGUUACACUGUCAAUGCCGAUGAUGUACUUCAUGUUCUCGGAUUGGUCAAAGCUCGGAAAAAGGGUCAAAAACGUCAACAAAAACUGGGUCAGGAGUGAUCAGACGUGGAAGAAAGCUGAAAAAGAGAACUUUGCAGCAGGAAAACAUCAACUACUCGAGUCCUCCAUGGCACAUGUGUUUAGUGAGUAAGGUAAGAGCAGAAAGGGAGCUGCCACUCGGACGAGGUUCUUCCACAGAGAGAGGACCUCUUUCUACUGUCGUUGCUACACAUACUGUCCUAGUUGAGGUUUUAGAUGGCAUAUUCCUUUUAACCAGACCCUCAGGUCUCUUUGAGGAUUUUGGAUGGAAUACUUGGUUAAACCAACAUUUUAGGUGCAUGUCCAGGGAUUUUUGGUGGAAUUUUCCUUUAAGGUGGAUGUGUGAGGACCUUGUAGGUGGAAUACUUUUAGAUUUUUAACCAACCUUUUAGGUCAACAUUCAAAGAUUUAAGAUGGAACAUUCCUUUAAACCAACCUAAAUGUCAUGUUUUGAUCAUUUAUCAUCAAACCUCAAUCCAGACUCCUCAUAAUGAAGUUUAAGAUUUAUGCUGCUGUUAUUUGUUUAAUUCAGACUAAAUGACAGAAAUCCACAACUGUAAUUUUAUUUCAGGACUUGGUUAUUAAAUGUCAAAACAAUCCAUGUGACUCUAAAAACUCAACAACUUUACAAACUCUAAGAUUAAACUCUCCACAAGGAUCCAAAAUAUAAGUUGGACUUCUGCAUGAGAGCUUUAAUUAUUCUUCAUCUACUUCCUGAAAAGUUUGGUGAAAAAGACAAAAACUAAUAUUUUCAGCUGAACUAAAGACAGACUUUGUGAUUUUUCUGCUCACAUGUUGUGUUGUUGUAAACUUACUCUUUCAAAUAAAUACCCUCCUAACCCCCUGGAAA